AUCUUAUUGAGUCACCCAAACACAAAUCAUGGCUAGCCAACAAAAUAUAAUAGACUCGUUCCAAAAGGCCGUCAACUUGACUGGUUCUCCCAAUGCCGUCUCCACCUCGCCCACGCAGUCGUACUUGAGCAACUACACCCCGUACAAAAAGCAAGCCAAAGCGUUGAAGCCAUUUUCUACUGGAGACAUGAAAAUCUUAUUAUUGGAAAACGUCAACCAAACUGCCAUUGAUAUUUUCAAGGGCCAAGGUUACCAGGUGGAGUUCUAUAAGAGCUCGUUGCCUGAAGAUGAAUUGGUUGAAAAAAUCAGAGAUGUUCACGCCGUUGGUAUUAGAUCCAAGACCAAAUUGACUGAAAGAGUCUUAAGUGCUGCCAAAAACUUGGUGGUAAUUGGUUGUUUCUGUAUUGGUACCAACCAGGUGGACUUAGAGUUUGCUGCCAAGAGUGGUAUUGCCGUUUUCAACUCUCCAUUCUCCAACUCCAGAUCAGUUGCUGAGUUGGUGAUUGCUGAAAUCAUCACUUUGGCCAGACAAUUAGGUGACAGAUCCAUCGAGAUGCACACCGGAACCUGGAACAAGGUCUCGGCCAAGUGCUGGGAAAUCAGAGGUAAGACCUUGGGGAUUAUUGGAUAUGGACAUAUUGGUUCUCAGUUGUCAGUGUUGGCAGAAGCCAUGGGUAUGAACGUCAUCUACUACGACGUGGUUAUGAUCAUGUCUUUGGGUAAUUCCAAGCAGGUGGGCAGCUUAGACGAGUUGUUGAACAAGGCUGACUUCAUCACUUGUCAUGUCCCUGCCACUGCCGAAACUAACAGCUUGUUGAGUGCCCCACAAUUUGCCGCCAUGAAAGACGGCGCCUAUGUGAUCAACGCUUCAAGAGGUCAAGUUGUCGAUAUUCCUGCAUUGGUACAAGCCAUGAAGGUGGGUAAAAUAGCCGGUGCAGCCUUAGAUGUUUACCCUCAUGAACCUGCCAAGAAUGGUGAAGGGUUGUUCUCCGACUCGUUGAAUGACUGGGCCUCGCAGUUGACUUCGUUGCGAAACGUGAUCUUAACUCCACAUAUUGGUGGAUCUACUGAGGAAGCUCAGUCUGCCAUUGGUGUGGAAGUUUCCAGUGCUUUGACAAAGUACAUCAAUGAAGGAAACUCUUCGGGAGCCGUGAACCUCCCCGAGGUUUCCUUAAGAGGCUUGGACUUGGACCAGCAGAACUCGGUCAGAGUGUUGUACAUUCACCAGAACGUCCCUGGUGUGUUGAAGACUGUCAACAACAUCUUGUCAAUCUAUAACAUCGAGAAGCAGUUUUCUGAUUCGAGAGGUGACGUGGCCUACUUAAUGGCGGAUCUUGCUGAUGUCGACAGCAGUGAUAUCAAGAGUUUGUAUGAACAGUUGGAACAGACUCCAUACAAGAUCGUUACCCGGUUGUUGUAUUAGUUAGCUUUGAUAUGGAUUAUAGAAAUGAUAAUAAUUGCACCC